UCUGGGGACUACUAAUAUGGCGGAUUUUCUUCCUUUUGAAUAACAUUUACGGCAAGUGCAAAUGUACGAUAUUUAUGAGGAGUAAAUUCAGGGAAAAGCAAUUUUAAUGUUAAGACAAUCGCUAAAAUUUGGUAAAUAUAUUCAAAUGGACCAUUGAUUGCAUUUGAAAUCAGCUGUCUACAUAAUUCAUUAUUCUUUUUGAAUAUUCUUAUUGAGCAUGAGUGGUGAUGCUGUAGAGAUGACGAGGCCAGGCGGUAAUCUGCCAGAUUCUGUGACAGGUUUUAAGACAAUAGAAACUAUAGGUAGGCUUGUUUUGUUGGUCAUCCAACGGUUUUGGCGGUUAUGCAGUGCAGCAACGUUAACAUUGUUAUUGCUUUAUUGGCUCUACGGUGGCAUUAUAACAUUUCUUCUCCUGACAGCUGCAGUGUUUGGUCUUCUUUACUUUUACCAAGAUGCUUUGCUUUUUUUUCCUGAUCAACCUGAAUCUUCACGGGUGUUUGUACAGACUCCACACAAAUUUGGUUUACCAUUUGAGAAUUUUUAUCUCAAGACCAAAGAUGGCAUACGAAUCAAUGUCAUGCUUAUUAAGCAGCAGGGAUCUCGUUUAUCCAUAGCACCAACUGUUGUAUUUUUUCAUGGUAAUGCUGGUAACAUUGGCCAUCGUUUAAUAAACAGUCAUGCAUUGUACAAGAACUGUGGAUGUAAUGUGUUUCUUGUUGAAUAUAGAGGAUAUGGACGUAGUGAUGGCUCACCAAGUGAGAGAGGUAUUUUGCUUGAUGCUCAAGCUGCAAUAGAAUACAUCAGAGGUCGAAAAGACGUAGACAAUACAAAAAUUAUUGUAUAUGGUCGUUCUUUGGGGGGAGCUGUUGCAAUCAAUUUGCUCUGUCAGUCAUAUUUCACAGAUAAAGUCUUUGCAAUGGUUGUUGAGAAUACAUUCACUAGUAUACCACAAAUGGCAGAUCAACUUAUUGGUCAUGGUCUCAAUCGCUUGCCAAUGUUUUGUUUCAGAAAUCAGUUCAAUUCUUUGAAGAGUAUAUGCAAAGUAAAGAUUCCUUCUUUGUUCUUGUCUGGGUCAAAUGAUCAACUUGUUCCUCCUGCAAUGAUGUACAAACUAUACGAGAACUCUGGUGCUGUGAUGAAAAAACUAGAAACAUUUGAUUGUGGUUCCCAUAAUGACACAUGGCAGUGUAAGGGUUAUUUUGAAGCCUUCAGUAGAUUUUUGAUUGAGGUUUAUGAAGCAAGACAAAAUGGAUUAAUAAUAACAUCAGAUUCAAAGACUAAUGUGGAAGCAGAAUUUGACAAUGUUCACAAACCAACGAGACAUUUAUGAAAAACAAAUACACGGUGAUUAUUUAAAAAAUAUCACUGUUUGCUACAAGUAGCCAUUGAAUGUUAAGAGUAAAAAAGUGAAAAAUCAAAUGCAACAAAAUGUUCAAAAAUUGUUAAGAUCAGGAGUCAAGUUUCUCUCGAUGAUGGGGUGCCAUGAAGUUGAGAUCUGGUCCAAUAGACACAAUACCAUGGGGAUUGAUCAUUCGAUGACUUUGCUGCAUAGAAUAUGAAAAGAAAUGAUAACACAAAAGUCCUACAAUUGAAUAACUAGACAAACUAACAUUAGAAGAAGUACAAGAAAUAUACCAUAUAAUGCUUUUUGAUAUGCUCAAAAUUCACAGUUUCAGCAAUCUUGGGAAGCUGAUACACAUCCCGUGUGUAACACCAAAUAUUGGGAUAGUCUUUCAACAUCUUCUUGUUGCACUAAGAUUGGUAAUGAAAUCAUGGAAAUUAUUAUCAAAAUGAAAUGACAAUAAUAGUUGAAUAACAUUUGAUACACACACUCAUCAAGACAUACAUACCUUGAAAUGGCCAUGAUAAACACAAUCAAACCUCACCAGAGUUGUGAAUAACCUUACAUCAGCUUCAGUAAAUUUACUUCCAGUAACAUACCUUUUUGUUGACAAUAUGUUUUCUAACUAAUAUCAAAUACAAAUUAAUAUACUCAAA